UCCGCACCGGUGUCGGGCGUAUCCAUCACGGAUUCGGAGCGAGCUCGAGUGAUGGCCCCAGUGUCCUCCAAUGCCCGCUGCCGGAGUCGAGACGAGAAUCGGUGUUGUAUUUGUCUGUGGAGGGGAUGCGCUGAUCCACUUUGGAUGUAUUUAAAAGUCACUCUUCGACUUGUUGAAAUCUUGGCAGGUCUCGCCAUCCAUUCUUCUCCGCAAGGCGAUCGCACUCGAAUAUGCCACAGUUCAGCAAACAUCUGACUCCCUACUUGCUUUUCUGUGCGAUAGUAUUCUCUCAGGGAGCUAUUUUGUUUGGGCUCGACACUGGUUCUUUCGGGUCUCUACAGGCUCUGCCUUCAUUCUUGGCACGAUUUGGAGUUCCUGCUGCUAAAGGCAAACAUGUUCUGCCUGCUACCAGGAAAUCAUUGAUGAACAGUCUGCCAUGGAUCGGUAAGAUCUCUGGCUGCUUCCUCUCCGAGCCUAUCAUAGAACGCCUGGGAUUCAAGCGCACCAUGUACACGGUGGCCACGAUUCAAUGUGUAGCCUUGAUCAUCGAAAUGUCUGCACAUGUGUGGUCACAAUUCACUAUCGGCCGAAUCCUGGCUUACUUGGCGGUUGGUAUCGUUGAGAACGCCACACCAUCCUACAACUCUGAGAUCGCUCCAGCGGAGAUGCGAGGUAUCAUCGGUGGAUCCAUCAUCGUCUUUUCGUCCCUCGGUAACCUGUGGGGAGCUGGCAUGUCGCGUGCCUAUGCAACUGGUCUUGAGGAUAAGAAUUGGAUGAUCCCUACAGCGAUGCAAUUCAUUCCGGCAGUUUUGCUCGCCAGCUUGGUCCCCUUCACGGUCGAAUCCCCCCGAUGGCUCAUAUCUAAAGGCCGCCGAGAAGAAGCACAGAGGAAUCUAGACAAAUUGAGACGACCUGGGGAAGUUCAGGAUGGUUCGACCGCUGCGGAGCUCGACAUCAUUGAGAAUCUCGUGCAAGAGAGCAGAACGAACAAAGAAGGAUCCUGGUUGGAUUUAUUCCGUGGCAAUUACCUGCGAAGGACAUGGAUCGCCGCAUCACUGUUCAUCUUUGAGCAGACAAAUGGCAAUCAGUUCACUCAAAGUUACAGCGCCACAUUCUAUGUCCAAGAAGGAUUAGGCUCCAUGUCAUUCACGUACUCAACAUUGGGUCAAGUCGUUGGUCUCAUCGGAGCCGCCGGAGGCAUCUUCAUCAUGGACCUGUUAGGCCGGCGCACGGCAUUUAUCGGAGGAAGCGCUGUCACUGCCAUGUUCCUCUUGCUCGCCGCUGGCUUGGGUCUAAAGGAGCACAAAAGCCAGUCUACAGCCAACUUCAUCAUUGCCUCCUUCAUCAUCGUCCCAGCCACAACCCGAAUCUCUGCUAGUAAUUGUGCAUUCUUGACAGGUGCCGAAAUCGGAGGAUUGAAGAUGAGAAAGAAAAUCAUGGCAUUCGGCACUGCUUGCGAUGUCUUAGCGGCGUUUUUGGUCACAUUUGUUACUCCCUACAUCCUUCCAGCGCUUGGCGUAAAUAUUGGAUGGAUAUUUGGCGGAGUCGCCAUUCUCUGUGUCCCUUGGGGCUAUCUGUUCUUCCCAGAACUCAAGGGCCGUUCGCUGGAAGAAGUCGACGAGCUCUUCGAGGCUAAUUUGCGUGCAUGGCAAUUCUCCAAGUAUCAGACUACAGGAGAGGCGUCCACUCUGCGAGCGCUAGAGAAUCAAGAUCACUCGCCUGAUACAAGCAAACGACCUGAAACGGCGGAAUACCUGGAAGAUUCAGGAAGUGUCAAAGUGUAGUUUUGAGUUGGUCUGGAUUUUCCGUACAGCAUGGAGACAGGGUU